GCAACUGUCUGGAAAGAAAACAUGAUGUUUUGAAGUAUGAAAGGAUUACUAUUGCUAUAUCAGAGGCUACGAAUAUUAAUGGCCAAAUCUAGUAAUCAUACGGUCUUCUAAAGAAGUCAUGGGUAGCUGUUGUAGCUGUCCUGAUAAAGAAGCAGUCCCUGAUAACCAUCGAAACAAAUUUAAGGUUAUUAAUGUGGAUGAUGAUGGUAAUGAAUUGGGUUCUGGUAUAAUGGAACUUACAGAUACAGAAUUAAUCUUGUAUACCCGUAAACGGGAUUCUGUCAAGUGGCAUUAUCUCUGUCUGCGCCGAUAUGGCUAUGAUUCCAAUCUUUUCUCAUUUGAAAGUGGUCGAAGAUGUCAAACUGGACCAGGGAUAUUUGCCUUCAAGUGUGCUCGUGCAGAGGAACUGUUUAAUAUGCUGCAGGAAAUCAUGCAAAAUAAUAGUAUAAAUGUAGUAGAAGAACCAGUUGUAGAAAGGAGUCUACAUCAAACAGAGAUUGAGGUUCCAAGAACACCUCUCACACCUACCACACCUGGAUUGAGUGGGCAGAAUUUACCUAAUGGGUACCCAAGGCACCCCUCCUAUGGAGAUGCCUCAUCACAUCCUUCCAGCAGACACCCUUCAGUAGGAAGUGCACGUCUUCCUUCAGUAGGUGAAGAAUCCACACAUCCCCUAUUAGUAGCGGAGGAACAAGUCCAUACAUAUGUGAAUACAACAGGCGUACAGGAGGAAAGAAAAAACAAACCAACUGCACGCACACCUCUGGAACAAAAGGUUCCCAGUGCAGAAACAAACAAGGGAAAGGAAGAAGAGACUUGCUCUGAUGACAGGGAUGCCCAGGUUGUACUGGAACCUGAAGGAGUCAAAUUUGUUUUGGGCCCUACCCCUGUCCAGCGACAAUUAAUGGAGAAGGAAAAACUGGAAUCAAGUGGGAACAGUAUUCAAAUUAGUGGGAACAAUAUUGAAACAAGUGGUAGCAGUACUCAAGCUGGUGGAAAUAGUAACAGUGAAUGGGAUACUGGAUAUGACAGUGAUGAACGCAAAGAGGUUUCUUCUGGUAAUAAACUAACAUAUGAAAAUGUAAAUAGAUUGUCUAUCCCUAAUGCUCCAGGCCUCAGGAGAGGUCGUCUAGUGUCAUCCAGUACUUCUGAUACUCAAAACAUCAACAAUUCAGCUCAAAGGAGAACUGCACUGUUAAAUUAUGAAAAUCUUCCUUCUUUGCCUCCAGUUUGGGAAGCUCAUAAGCUAAGUAAAGAGGAGGAUGACAGUUUAGGACCAAAGACUCCCUCUUUGAAUGGCUAUCAUAAUAACUUAGACCCCAUGCAUAAUUAUGUCAAUACAGAGAAUGUAACAGUACCAUCAAGUGCUCACAAAGUUGAAUAUGCAAGACGUCGGGACUGUACCCCUACGGUCUUCAAUUUUGAUAUUAGGCGACCAAGUUCAGAACACAGGCAACUCAAUUAUAUACAAGUUGAUUUGGAAGGUGGCAGUGACUCUGAUAACCCACAGACUCCCAAAACUCCUACUACUCCACUUCCCCCAACACCAACCAGGCGCACCGAGCUAUAUGCUGUGAUAGAUAUUGAAAGAACUGCUGCUAUGUCAAACUUGCAGAAAGCACUGCCACGAGACGACGGUACUUCUAGAAAAACUAGACAUAACAGUACUGACCUGCCUAUGUGAGCCUGAAAAGCAGUAGUUAAAUCAUUUGCACCUUUGUGAAGAAUUGUUUUAAUUGGAUGAGUGCUGUUUUAUCUUUGAAUGAUCACUUUUCAUAGGUUAAUAGAUUUUUCUGAAUACUUCAUUUGCUUGCUUAAAGGGAAUUUAAGGUAGAAAAAGUAUUAAAUAACAUUAUCACUUUAUAAUUAUAGAAACAGCUUUUAAAUAUUUUUGCCAUUUUUAUAGUGCCUAUUUUAUUGUCUGAAAGUUGUAGUAGCCAAUUAUAAUAAAUCGGCCAUGUGCCUAAAAUCACUGUCAAGGCAUUAUGACACUCCUAUGCUGCCUGAAACUUGCAUUAUUUGCAAAUCAGUAAAAUUUCUCAUAGUAUGUUAAUAGACUUACAGAUCCCAGUUGAAUUUAUGACUUCGUGUGGUAUAAAUGAGAAAGAUUUUAGUCAACUUCAGUUGUCAAAUCAUCAUACAGUUUUUUUCCCAGAGUGCUGGGUUUAUGAGAAAGAACUGACAGGCAGCUGUUACCCUCCAAACUUAUCCUAAUAGGAGCAGCUUUCUAUAGUAAAUCCUUUUAUUUAAAUCUAGCAAAGCCAGUUUUUAGUAUUGAGGAGAAUGCUGUUUAGUGGCUGAUUUGGGAGAGAUAAAAAUGGAUGAAAUCAACAUCUUCAUUAAGAUUUCAUUCAGAUGUCAUGUAGCUCAUGGAAUUGGUUUAAAAUUACCAUUGAUCUUUAGAUGCACUUUAAAUUCACUAACCAUAAGUCCAACAACUAGUAAUUUAAAACAUGCUCUGGU